AUCCCAGUGCGCGUCUAGCAAGGAGCCUGCGUCCCGGGGAGUGCCGGCAGCGCCGCCGGCCCGUGCUCGGCGCGCCGGGCCAUGCAGCGGCGGCCGCGGCCAAUCUCGCAGCGGCGGUAGCGCCCCCUGUGAGGCAGCCGGAGAUGCCCCGGCCACUGUGAACGGUGCCGACCGCCAGGACACGCUCAGCGACGGACACGCUCGGCUCUGCGCUUCCGCGACAGUCACCGGGGCGAGGGAGCGGCGAGCGUGGCACAGGCCGCCCGGCAGGGGCAGGGGAGGCAGGCCGGUGCAGCGCGAGGACACGUACUCAGUCCGACUCGGGCUGGCACUGGCGGCUAGGGAUGUCGUCCUGGACGAGGUGGCAUGGACCCGCCAUGGCGCGGCUCUGGGGCUUCUGCUGGCUGGUUGUGGGCUUCUGGAGGGCCGCUCUUGCCUGUCCCACGUCCUGCAAAUGCAGCACCUCCCGAAUCUGGUGCAGCGACCCUUCUCCGGGCAUCGUGGCAUUUCCGAGGUUGGAGCCUAACAGUGCAGACCCCGAGAACAUCACGGAAAUCUACAUUGCCAAUCAGAAAAGGUUGGAAAUCAUCAACGAAGAUGAUGUUGAAGCUUACGCAGGACUGAAAAAUCUGACAAUCGUGGAUUCCGGAUUAAAAUUUGUGGCUCAUAAAGCCUUUCUGAAAAACAGCAACUUACAGCACAUCAAUUUUACUCGAAACAAACUGACGAGCUUGUCUAGGAAACAUUUUCGUCACCUUGACUUGUCUGAGCUGAUCUUGGUGGGCAAUCCAUUUACAUGCUCCUGUGACAUUAUGUGGAUCAAGACUCUUCAGGAGACUAAAUCCAGCCCAGAAACUCAGGAUUUGUACUGCCUAAAUGAAAGCAGCAAGAAUAUUCCCCUGGCAAACCUGCAGAUACCCAAUUGUGGUUUGCCGUCAGCAAAUUUGGCCGCACCUAACCUCACUGUGGAGGAGGGAAAGUCUAUCACAUUAUCUUGUAGCGUUGAAGGCGAUCCAGUCCCGAAUUUGUACUGGGAUGUCGGUAAUCUGGUUUCCAAACAUAUGAAUGAAACAAGCCACAUGCAGGGCUCCUUAAGGAUAACUAACAUUUCAUCUGAUGACAGUGGAAAGCAGAUCUCCUGUGUGGCAGAAAAUCUUGUAGGAGAAGACCAAGAUUCUGUGAACCUCACUGUACAUUUUGCUCCAACUAUCACAUUUCUCGAAUCUCCAACCUCAGACCACCACUGGUGCAUUCCAUUCACUGUGAAAGGCAACCCCAAACCAGCGCUUCAGUGGUUCUAUAACGGGGCCAUAUUGAAUGAGUCCAAAUACAUCUGUACUAAAAUCCAUGUUACCAAUCACACGGAGUACCAUGGCUGCCUCCAGCUGGAUAAUCCCACUCACAUGAACAAUGGAGACUACAAGUUAGUAGCCAAAAAUGAGUACGGGAAGGAUGAGAAACAGAUUUCUGCUCACUUCAUGGGCUGGCCUGGAAUCGAUGACGGUGCCAACCCAAAUUACCCUGAUGUAAUUUAUGAAGAUUAUGGGACUGCAGCAAAUGACAUUGGGGACACCACGAACAGAAGUAACGAAAUCCCUUCCACAGAUGUUGCUGACAAAAGCGGUCGGGAACAUCUCUCGGUCUAUGCUGUGGUGGUAAUUGCGUCUGUGGUGGGAUUUUGUCUGCUGGUGAUGCUGUUUCUGCUGAAGUUGGCAAGACACUCCAAGUUUGGCAUGAAAGGCCCAGCUUCGGUUAUCAGCAAUGACGAUGACUCUGCCAGCCCACUUCAUCACAUCUCCAAUGGGAGUAACACCCCGUCAUCUUCAGAGGGUGGCCCCGAUGCCGUCAUUAUUGGAAUGACCAAGAUCCCUGUCAUUGAAAAUCCCCAGUACUUUGGAAUUACCAACAGUCAGCUCAAGCCAGACACAUUUGUUCAGCACAUCAAGAGACAUAACAUUGUUCUGAAAAGGGAGCUAGGCGAAGGAGCCUUUGGAAAAGUUUUCCUAGCUGAAUGCUAUAACCUCUGUCCUGAGCAGGAUAAGAUCUUGGUGGCAGUGAAGACGCUGAAGGACGCCAGUGACAACGCGCGCAAGGACUUCCACCGUGAGGCAGAGCUGCUGACCAACCUCCAACACGAGCACAUCGUCAAGUUCUACGGUGUCUGCGUGGAGGGCGACCCACUCAUCAUGGUCUUUGAGUACAUGAAGCACGGGGACCUCAACAAGUUCCUCAGGGCCCACGGGCCUGAUGCCGUGCUGAUGGCCGAAGGCAACCCGCCGACGGAGCUGACACAAUCCCAGAUGCUGCACAUCGCCCAGCAGAUAGCCGCGGGCAUGGUCUACCUGGCGUCCCAGCACUUCGUGCACCGAGAUCUGGCCACCCGCAACUGCCUGGUCGGCGAGAACCUCCUGGUGAAAAUCGGGGAUUUCGGGAUGUCCCGGGACGUGUACAGCACUGACUACUACAGGGUCGGUGGCCACACAAUGCUGCCCAUUCGCUGGAUGCCUCCAGAGAGCAUCAUGUACAGGAAGUUCACCACAGAAAGUGAUGUCUGGAGCCUGGGCGUCGUGUUGUGGGAGAUCUUCACAUACGGCAAACAGCCCUGGUACCAGCUGUCCAACAAUGAGGUGAUAGAAUGCAUCACUCAGGGCCGAGUCUUGCAGCGACCUAGAACGUGCCCCCAGGAGGUCUACGAGUUGAUGCUGGGGUGCUGGCAGCGAGAGCCCCAUAUGAGGAAGAACAUCAAGGGCAUCCACACCCUCCUUCAGAACUUGGCCAAGGCAUCUCCGGUCUACCUGGAUAUUCUAGGCUAGGGCCCUUUCCCCCAGACCGAUCCUUCCCAAUGCACCUCCUCAGAUGGGCCGAGAGGAUGAACGUCGUUUAACUGCCGCUGGAUGCCAUCAAUCUGCUGUUCUUCACUCCGACAGUAUUAACAACAAAGACACGGAGAGGCUUUCCGAGGGAAGCCAUGUGCACUUCUCCAUCCAUAGACACAGUAUGGACUACUUUUUGGCAUUGUCUCUUUCUCUCUUUCCACCUCCCUUGGUUUCUUCCCUGGUUUUUGUUUGUUUUUUUGGGUUUUGGGGUUUGUUUUUGGUUUGUUUUUUUUUUUUUUUUGGUCUUUUUUUUUUUUUCUUUUUUGGUCUUCCUCGCUUCAUAGCCCCUACCCUUUCUUUUGAAUCAAUCUGGCUUCUGCAUUCCUAUUAACUCUGCAUAGACAAAGGCCUUAACAACCCUGAUUUGUUAUAUCAGCAGACACUCUAGUUUGCCCACCACAACUAACAAUGCCUUGUUGUAUUCCUGCCUUUGAUGUGGAUGAAAAAAAGGGAAAACAAAUAUUUGACUUAAACUUUGUCACUUCUGCUGUACAGACAUCGAGAGUUUCUAUGGAUUCACUUCUAUUUAUUUAUUAUUAUUACUGUUCUUAUUGUUUUUGGAUGGCCUAAGCCUGUGUAUGAAACAGGAAAACUUGUGUUUAAUCUGGGAAGCCUUUAUCUAUGGGAGAUUAAAACCAGAGAGAAAGAAGAUUUAUUACAAACCACAGUAUGGGAGGAACAAAGACAACCAUUGGGAUCAGCUGGCGUCAGUCCCUACUUAGGAAAAACCCAGCGACUGUUAGCUGGGAGGAAUGUAUUCG